GAUGAGGAUUUCUUUGUUAAUUUGUUAAUGGUUGACCAUAAAAUCAAGGGUAGGCUUAUAUAUUAGGGGACAGAUUAAUGUAAUUAUGUUGAUUAUUCCGCCCUUAUAGAAUUGUGUUUCUCAAAUUUUAGUUAAUUAUUCCGGGUUAGUUACUACUCCGUAGUAUGAGAAACUGAAAACUGAGAAGUAAAGGUGGAUUCGUGUACGGAAUAGUUCCCCAAAGUCAAGUAGUCAACGCUACCUAUUGGAAGUUUUUUUUUUUUUUUAGGGGGAUCUAUUGGAAGUUGUCUACUUUUUUAAAUAGACAAAAACAGGCUUGUCAAAAAAAAAAAAAAAAAAAAAAAGACAAAAUCAGUAUUCUUCAGUCCAACUUUGACUUUUUAGUCUACCACAAUCUUCCAUUCCCAACCAUAAACUUCACUACAUUAAUUUCUAUUCACAUUUCACAUAUACUGCUAUAACUGCACGCUCAUAAACCCAAAAUCUUGAGCUGAAGCAACAAUGGCGGAAUUCCCCACUGAUUUACUCACCGAAAUACUCUCACGACUACCCGUCAAAUCACUUCUCCGAUGUCAACUCGUCUGCAAAUCCUGGAAUUCCUUAAUCAAAACCCCCAUUUUCAUCAAAAUCCACCUCAACAAAUCCCUCAUUUCUAACUCCGACCAUCAUCUCCUCCUCUUCUACCCGACUUUCCACUUUUCCGAACUCGACCUCGACCUCGACCCCCACCAUAUUCGCCUCUCUUUCUCGGAGCUCAACCACCCUCUCAAACCCCACAAAGGUAUCCAAUUAAUCGGCUCCUGCAACGGCGUCGUUUGCAUCUCCACCGUCUCCAAAGCCAGAGUCGUCUUAUACAAUCCUCUCACAAAUUCGCAUCUUAAACUUCCCUCCGUCGCAAUUCCAGCUCAUGAUCCUAACAAGAUGGUUCUAGGGUUCGGAUACGAUAGCAGCAGCAACAGUUGUAAGGUGGUGAGGAUUGUUCAGGGGGUUGGAUUACUUGAUAAUACCACUAAUAAUGCUCAAGUCUAUAGUUAUAAUGAUAAUUCCUGGAGAUGUAUCGAAGGAAUUCCGUACUAUCUUUAUUAUGGUUAUUAUCAUGGUGUUCUUGUUAAUGAGGGUUUACAUUAUGUUGUUACUCAAGAGUCGCAUUCUGAGUCUCUGUUUAUCGCUAGAUUUGAUCUAGCGACUGAGAGUUUCUCGCUUAUUGAAUGCCCGAAUUAUAAUGAGAAUCUUAUGAGUUUGUUUAAUUCAACGUUUUUAUUGAUCGAGCUAGGUGGGUGUUUAUGUCUGAUGAUUAAUUCGUGUCGCUUCAAUGGUAAUUUGUUGGAUGAAUUCGAUAAUAGGGUGCUUGUAAAUGCUGAAUUGUGGGUAAUGAAAGAGUAUGGAGACAAAGAGUCUUGGGUUAAGUUGCUUUGUAUUUCACAGCCGAAGAUUGUUGGGAUUCGUAAAUGUGCUAGGGCUCUUGUUUACUCGAAAGAUGGUAGACGAGUUUUGAUUGAGAUAGACGGUUUGGAGUAUGGUUGGUACGAUUUGGAGUUAAAACAUGUUGAAAGAAUUGCAGCUCAUGGGCUACCUACUGAAGGUUUCACAACAAUUACUUUGUUGGGCAGCCUUGUUUUGCUUGAAGAUAAGGUGAUUAUUGAAAGGAAAACCUUGCCGAGGAAUAACAAGUUGAAAACUGUUGUUGAUAAAUUUCUGUCUAAGGGGUUCAAGCUGAGGCUAUGAACCUAUCAAAGACGCUACUGCUGGGACUUUGUUUAUGACUUUAAUCUUACAAGCCACUAUGCACAUCUAACUGAUGAAGAGAAGUAGAAAGCUCAAGAGAGGCCUUGGCAACUUGAGCUUCAAACUUUAUAAAACUGAUACGGAAGAUAAGAUGUCUUGAUGAAGAAAAAGUGAUGGAAUAUGAUCUUGAUGAAGAAGUUUAGCUUUUUGUGCAUGCUAGUUGAAAAAAGCUGUUCACCUUGGUGCUUGCUCUUGUUGUUAGAAGAAGACAUACAGGUAGUUUGAUCAUAUGGAAACCCAUCAAGUUGUGAAGGCUUCCCUUGUUCAGUUGUUCUACUGUGUUUGGUUUUAUACUGUCUUUGGUGUAAGUAGGAUGUUGACUGACUACUGACUUGUAGUUGUAACAAUAAGUUUGAUCCAAAUUCAUUAUUUCCAUCAUUUUGUGCUGAAGAAAAUGCAGGCUUAUAACUGAGUUAUGCAAACACUAGGUCGCUAGCAUAUCUUAGGCCCACUAAUCCCAGAAAGUCCAGGCUUUUUUUUUCUUUUAAUCUUGUAUGUCUGUAUGAUGAAUUUGAGUUGUAAUAGGGAGGGGAGAGAAAAUUGGUCGGGGUGGAGAUGGAGAGAGCCUAAAAAAGGAAAGGUGUGGUCGGUGUUUAGGGGGAGUGUGGUCGGCGGUGGGGGGAAGGGGUCGACAGGGGGCUAGUCGGUGCGAGGGGAGAGAGGAAAUUGGACUAGGGUGGAAACGUGGCUAACGGGGGCUUCUCUGUGGUAUGGGGAUUUUAAUUGUUUUUAUUAAUAAAUUUACCCUAAAUUAAAGCCUCUUUCUCUUUAUUAUGUGAGUAAUAAAUGUUAGAAAUAGCUUUAUAUUAAGGGACGGAAGGAGUAUUAAAUAAAAAUUUACUUAAUUAUAAUUAAAUU